CACCCGCGCUUCCGGCUUCAUGCGCGCCGACGCGUUCGCGUCCGCAUCGCGCGCGCGACCGGUGGCGCAGCACACCGCGUCGUCCGCGCGUCGCCGCGGUCCCGCGCGCGCCGCGCGCGUCGUCGCCACCGCCGUGACGUCGCCCAUCCAGCCCAGUCCCGACGUCGUCGACGCGUCGCGCGCGGCGUCCAGCGCCGCGUGCACCGUGGCGUGCUUCGCGCGAAAGGAUGCGUUGUCGUUCAUGCGGUAUCCGAAAUCACUCGCGGCGCGCGGACGGUUCGACGUCGAGGGGCCGAGCUUUGGUGAAGUGUUCGAACACCUGGCGAGAAGAGUCGCGUGGAGCGACGCGGACGAGGGAACGCUACGGAUGAUCGUGGUCGAUGUCGACGCGAGCGAUGAAGAGAUGCGGGCGAGCGGUGCGAGCGAUGCGGAUGUCUUCAUCGCGAUAGAUGUCGAUGAUGAGGAGACGGCGGGGAGAGUGCGACGCGCUACGGCAUCGGCGGCGACUGGUUGCGCGCUGAAUUCACCGGCGUUGGAGGCGGACGAGCGGAUUUGUUAUCAGCCGACGCGACAGUUGCGCGCGGUAGGCGCAAAAUUAACGCCUUGGAGUCAGGCGGCGAAGGAUGUACGACUGAUGGAUCAAGUGAAGGAGUUGUACGCGCGUGGAAAUCAUCUCGAUACGUUGCUCUCAAUCUUGUUGCUCGUCGACGCGUCGGGCGCUCGCGUGCCGGCAGUCGACAUAAACCAGGACAUCACGCUCGGUAACGUUUGGUGCAUCGCGAGCAACUGCAACAAACAGUUACUCGCGUGUUACCAGAAUCCGCAAUGCAAAAAGAGCCUCGAUUGCGUGGAUGCGUGCGGACUCAACGAUCAAGUGUGCACGUACACGUGCAUAAGGAGCUAUCAGAACGAACAGUUUGAGAAGCUCGCUAGGUGCAUGCUUCACAAGCACAAUUGUCUCGGGAACGACGCCAAGCGACCGCAGUUACCGGCUGUGCUUCCCAUGACGACGUGGCGUGGCGAGAUGUUGACGCACGCCGCCGCGGAGCGUAUAAUGCAAGGAUGGCUCGGCGAAAAGCAAUACAGUUGGCUCGCCGUCGCUGGGCAAAAUCCUGCGUACGAUUACUUUCCGAAUCAGUUCCAGAUAUGGUACAAGGAUAAGAAAAACAAAACUGCUUUCUGGUAUAAUCCUGUUUUCAAAGUGAACACUCUCGACGGUCGGAGCGUGUACCGUCGAAGCGAUUACCGAUGUAGGCGCGCAGAGACACCGGGAACAUUUAUUUUUUCCUUCAUGGACAACGGCGUGACGAGCGAGGAGUACUGGCGCGUCGUCGACGCCGCGGAUGAUUUGAGUUGGUCGCUGUACUACUACGCUGGUGCGGCAAAGUCUGCCGGUCAGUCUUAUAUCGGUGCUGUUUUGGCGACUCCUGACGGUCUUUGGCCGGCGGAAGAUCAGAUGGACCGCAUCGAAGACUCUCUGUGGCGCGGUUGUGGCGUAAAAAUAUGGGAAAUGUGCCAAGUAGAUAACAGCACGGCGCACGACGGCGACGCGCCGCUCGAACCGUUACACGAACCGUCUCUAAUGCCUUAGCUGACAUCGAUU